UUGUCGCGAUGUCUCACACCAUUUUGCUGGUACAGCCAACCAAGAGGCCAGAGGGCAGAACUUACGCUGACUAUGAGUCUGUGAAUGAAUACAUGGAAGGAGUUUGUAAAAUGUAUGAAGAACAUCUGAAGAGAAUGAAUCCCAACAGCCCCUCUAUCACAUACGAUAUCAGUCAGUUGUUUGAUUUCAUCGAUGAUCUGGCAGACCUCAGCUGUCUUGUUUACCGCGCUGAUACCCAGACAUACCAGCCUUAUAACAAAGACUGGAUCAAAGAGAAGAUCUACGUGCUCCUUUGUCGGCAGGCCCAACAGGCUGGGAAAUAAUUGAGCUGGAAGCAUUAGGGAGCUGGGGGUGGGCUUGGAACACAGGUGUGUACAGCGUGCUGUAGUGAAAGUUUUGUAUUAUAGUAAUCCUGUUUCCAUUUUGUUACACUCUGGCCAAGAUUGAAUGUAUUAGAUGAAAUGUGAGGGGCUUUGAGGAUCUUUUCAAUCUGA